AUGGUGAGUAGAAUGGAGGGUAACAUAGGUGACUUACUCACUGGCAGAAAUGCUUCCACUGCAGGCCUGGAGGGGGAAGGUAACAAAGGCACAGUAGUCAACAGUGCUGAGAUUGUCAUGAACCAUCGCUUACAAGAAACCAGCUUCACAAAAGAGGUCUACAAAGAUUACGUGAAAUCACUCUCAGGCAAACUUGAAGAACAGAAACCAGAAAGAGUAAAGCCUUUUAUGACUGGGGCUGCAGAGCAAAUUAAGCACAUCCUUGCUAAUUUCAAUAACUACCAGAUUUUUAUUGGUGAAAACAUCAAUCCAGAUUGUAUGGUUCCUCUCCUGGACUACUCCGGGAAGAUCAUAUGA